GCCCCGCUCCGCCGCGCUGCCGGGCGAUGGCAGCGACCGGCCGCCGCCACAACAACAACAGAGAGAAAGGAGGAAGCUCCGCUUCACAGCUUCACCUCUCCUCCUGCCCUGCAGCUCCCGGUGCCGAGAGCUGGCUAAGGGAAAUCUGAGGGACUUCGCGUGUGUGUAGUGGCACUGGCGCUCAGGGUAAUGAUUACCGGCGCUCAGGAAAUACUAAUACGGAGCAUUUGACCUUCUAAUCUCCAGAGGUGAAUCUCCUGAUACCAGGAUUAGGACAGAGUGCCUUCAGAACCAAUAUGUAGCAAAUGGGUAUCGCACCUCUGAAGCUCCUCCCUUGGUUCAGUGCUUGCAUAUUUUAAGGAUCCUUGUUGCUUCAGCAGUGAAUUAUUCUCGUGAACUUCAGAAACGGAUUUCAUGUGGUGCUUGCUAAACAUUGAGUCACCAUGAGUAGUAAUCUAGGAAAAGAAAAGGACUGUAAAGAGAAGGAUCCAAAAGUCCCGUCAUCAAAAGAAAGGGAGAAGGAGGCCAAAGCCUCUGGAGGAUUUGGGAAAGAGAGCAAAGAAAAGGAGCCUAAGACCAAAGGGAAAGAUGCCAAAGAUGGAAAGAAGGACUCCAGUAGCACGCAGCCUGGGGUAGCUUUUUCAGUGGACAAUACGAUAAAAAGACCUAAUCCGGCCACAGGUACCCGCAAAAAAUCCAGCAAUGCUGAAGUGAUCAAAGAGCUAAAUAAAUGCCGGGAAGAGAAUUCAAUGCGCUUGGAUUUAUCCAAGAGGUCUAUACACAUGCUUCCAUCAGCUAUCAAAGAGCUAACGCAGUUAACAGAACUUUAUUUAUACAGUAACAAACUGCAGUCCCUCCCGGCAGAGGUGGGCUGUCUUGUGAACCUGAUGACACUGGCGCUGAGUGAAAACUCACUCACCAGUUUGCCUGACUCUCUUGAUAACUUGAAGAAGCUGCGCAUGCUUGACCUGCGGCAUAACAAACUUAGAGAAAUCCCUUCGGUGGUGUAUAGGCUAAGCUCUCUCGCCACUCUUUAUCUACGCUUUAAUCGUAUAACUACUGUGGAAAAGGAUAUCAAAAACUUGUCAAAGCUCACCAUGCUUAGCAUACGAGAGAACAAAAUCAAGCAACUACCUGCUGAAAUUGGUGAGUUGUGUAACCUCAUAACGCUGGAUGUAGCGCACAAUCAGCUUGAACACCUUCCAGAAGAGAUUGGAAGCUGCACGCAGAUCACCAACCUUGACUUGCAGCACAAUGAGCUCUUGGACCUGCCAGAAACCAUAGGAAACCUGUCCAGUCUAAGUCGUCUUGGCCUGAGGUACAAUAGGCUGUCAGCAAUUCCGAAGUCUUUAGCAAAGUGCAGUGAACUUGAUGAACUGAACCUGGAGAAUAACAACAUCUCUACCUUACCAGAGGGUCUUUUAUCCAGCCUUGUCAAACUGACUAGUUUAACACUGGCCAGGAACUGCUUCCAGUCCUAUCCCGUGGGUGGCCCGUCCCAGUUCUCUACAAUCUACUCUCUCAAUAUGGAGCACAACCGCAUCAAUAAAAUCCCCUUUGGAAUUUUCUCUAGAGCUAAAGUAUUAAGUAAGCUGAACAUGAAGGACAAUCAGCUGACCUCUCUCCCCUUGGACUUCGGGACAUGGACUAGUAUGGUAGAACUGAACUUAGCAACUAAUCAGCUCACAAAAAUCCCUGAGGAUGUAUCUGGGCUUGUUUCUCUUGAGGUUCUUAUCUUGUCAAACAAUCUCCUAAAGAAACUUCCCCAUGGAAUUGGAAAUCUACGGAAACUCCGAGAGUUAGAUCUAGAGGAAAACAAACUGGAAUCCUUGCCAAAUGAAAUAGCUUACCUCAAGGAUCUGCAGAAAUUGGUUCUGACUAAUAAUCAGUUGACCACCCUUCCCAGAGGUAUUGGUCACCUUACCAAUCUGACGCACCUUGGGCUCGGAGAGAAUCUUCUCACACACCUUCCUGAGGAAAUUGGUACACUGGAGAAUCUGGAAGAACUGUAUUUGAAUGACAACCCCAAUCUACACAGCCUUCCCUUUGAGCUGGCUCUUUGCAGCAAACUGUCAAUAAUGAGUAUUGAGAACUGCCCGCUCAGCCACCUUCCACCUCAGAUUGUUGCAGGAGGACCCUCCUUCAUCAUUCAGUUCCUAAAAAUGCAGGGACCAUAUCGUGCCAUGGUCUGACGCUAAUCGGAUUGUCCAAUACACUGUACAAAUACAAACUGCAUUAAUGUUGUAAUUGUCUGUAUAUGUAUAUAUAAUAUAAUAUAUAUGGUUUAUAUUAUAUUAUAUAUAUAUAUAAAUAUAUAAAUAAUAUAAAAAGGCAAAUUUAAGACUGCAUUAUGUGUUUCUGCUAAUAGAGGAAUCAUAGCCAUUUAGAUUUUUUUUUUAUCCUGUACAAAUGCUUGUCUAAGUUUUCUUUGCUGAAUUUGAUGGAAGUUGUCUGAAUAAUCUGGAAAUGCCAGUUCAUUUAAAGCAAUUGCCAAUGAACUCCGAGUUUAAAUUUAAGGGACAAAAAUAGUUUUGCUUAGAUUUACUUUCAGUUAAGAGAAAUGUAUAACCUUUAUAUAAUGAACUCUUCUGUUUUCCUCCAUCUUUUUUUUGUGUCAGAACCUGCAAGGGUUUUUGUGCCCUGAGGUUGGGAUUUUCUUUUAACUUAUUUUGAGAUUUGAAGCAAAUGGUGUUUUUAUAUUGUUUACAGUCAGAGUAAAUCACUGGAUUUUGUUUUAUUCUGAUUUGCUCUGUUUUAAUCAAUCAUAUCGAGAAUUUAUAUGCCUCUGCUGAUGAAUUUUUAUCAACCGGUUUGUAUGCUAAACCCCUGUGCUCAUCAGAACAACUGGCAGGUGAAAAGGAUGCAGUCAAAACAAAAGAAAAAGAAAAGAAGAAAGCUUGAAUUCCUUUUAAGUCUUGCUUCCCUGAGUUAUCAGUUGCAGGCAUAACAUAUCUGAACUGAGCCUUUGCGGUUGGUCUUUUCUAGCACAAGUAAACCUUUUCAGAUUGGUAAAAACGUGGAGUAUACUCAGUGAAGAGCGGUUUUCAUUUUGUGAAGUAACAAGUCCAUGAGGUCUAACAGUACAGUUAUGUGGCAAGGAAAUAAUAUAUAUGUACAUUUUUAUUACAAUGUUGAGUCAUAAACUACAACAGGCAAUUUUAAGGAUUCCUUAUAGUCCUUGUACAAUAAAUGAAUGUGUCUUACUUUUAAACACUGCAAUAUAUGUAAGUUUUAAGGUUGGUUAACAAUGUACUAUGGUUUUAUAUCUUGACUUGCCUUGUACCUCCUUCCAUUAUGGAACUUCUGUGUCCAAGCACAAUAUCUUCACACUGUGCUGUUUUGCUGCUGAACUAAAUGCACUUUUCCCCACAGCUGGGGCACUUGCUUCAAAAUAUUCAGUUCAGUAUCUUGAUUAUUCUUUUUUAACUUCAUCCUAUCUGUUUCAGUAUUAAACCGAUCUAUUAAAAAAGAGGCACCUUUUUCAUUUGUGCUUAGAUGUUGGUAGCUCAAGCGAAACACUGUAAGGAGUAGACAUUCAGUUUUAUCAUGACUUCUUUGGUUGUUCAAAAGGCAGAAGAUGCUUCAGGAUGAUUCACACUGUUGUUGCACUUGUAGGGCCAGUUGUCCUAUUUCAGGAGGGUAGGAACUCGAGGUGGUUGCAUUCCACAGUUACUCAAGAACUGUCCAGUUUAUACUCAUUGGAAUUGCUGCCGGGGUAGUGUGAUUUAGAGGACUGUAUCUUUUGAACAACGUCAAACCAAGCAAUGCCAUGGGAAAUCUGUUUCAUGUGCUUAGGGAAUAUUGUUUCUGGCUUUCAGGCAUGCUUACUUAGGCGCAUUGCCUUGAUCUAUUUGUAUUCUGUUUUGUCGUACAUCUUUUCAUUAACAAGGAGUAAGUUUAAAUGGAAGGCAGGUGGAGAUAUAAAACCUUAGAGGGCUUAAACAUGCUGUAAAACUAUUGUAGAUGUCACUGGAUUUUACUAAGUAAUGUUCUGUUCUCUCUCACACACUCUCUCUUCCCCACCUCCCCUAUUUUUUUUACAUCUACUGUAGCUUUUCAGUUUAGACUUUAUAAAAGGCUAGUUCCUUACAGUUCUGCCUGAAGUUAAUCUUUCUCAGCAUUAAGGUGUUAAAAUUAUGAAGAUGCUGAAAUGCUUAGUAUCAAGACUGUAAUCUAACUUCUGAAUAUACUGCUAAAUCCAUAUUUGUGCCCUCAGGUCCCUAGGGGAAACUGGUUUGAUUGAUAUGGUUCCUUAAAACAAAAGUGGCGACCCCUUGUGUUUUCAGACGUCUUGGUCUCAUUCCCUGUCUGCUCCUCAAUCCCAUGUUUUAUGAGUUGAUGGGAUUGAAUUUGUUUAGUUUGUAAAUAUGUUGAUUAUUCACCUUGUUAAGGUACAUGGUAAAUGACUGUAUGAUUGGAGCUGACCCUCUCACAUAAAUUCUUGUGGAGAAGUUGGUUACCAAAAUAGUGUUCGUUACACUCGCUUAAAAACAAACUGUUCUUUUCAUUAGACUUAUAGGAAUAAAUCUGUGUUUUAAUUCAUUACUGUAUUAAAAACAGGCUAGGUUUUCAAACACCUUCGUACUAGUAUGGUUGUUGCAAUGCCAGAUAACCCUGAGCCCUGUUUUAGGAGUUUAAUUUUAUACAUUCUGAGGUGAAUGCUUAUUUUUUCAGCAUCUCAAGAGAGAUUCGAAUAAAAGCAGUGCACAAGAAGUUCUGGUACAGGAGAAAUCAACUCAGAAGAAUUUGAGAAGUUCUUUAAAAUUAUCCAGAAGUUUAAGUAUAAAUGUGUAGUAUGGAUUCAGAAUAGAUGCAUAUAAAUCCAUAUAAGUACAUACAUGGGUUUGUAUCCAAAUCUAAACACAGACCUUUAUAAAUCCAGCUGCUUUGAUCAUUCAGAAGAGUCUUACAUCCUGACACAACAGACAUAGCAUUUCCCAGGAUGCUGGAUUGUUAACUGGUACAGUUUCUAAGUUGUAUGUAAUGCCUGAUGACAUUUCAGUUGGGGACACCUUGCUAGCUUAUACAUCUGUAAGAAUUUUGAUUGGCCUAAUCAAUUAAAGUAUGAACGGAAAGAACUUCAUCCUCACAAGUGUACAUAUGUAUACAUACAUAUAUACUUGUAUAUGUGUAUCUAUAUGUAUAAAAGCACAGACAAAGUGGAGAAAUUACUUAUUUAUUUGAAAGCAUCUUUGAAAAAAGGAUGGAAAAGAAAAAGGUGAUUCCUAGAUACUUGUAGUAAAUAUGUAUUCCACUUGCUAUAGUAGGGGUAAUAAUUUGGAGGGUUAUUGCAAUUUUGACAAUCUUUGGGUGAAAAUCAUGAUGUAGAUUGCUUGUCUGUAGAUAAAAUACCAAUUUUGUAUGUGCUUGUGCCUAUGUACAUAAGAAUAUGUACAUAUACACAUGCUCUGUAAAGACACUAUUCUGCCUUGAUUUAACAAGCUAAAUUACUGUACUGUAGGGUAUAUAGUAUUAUGAGAGUGUGGUAAAGUGUAAAGCAGAUCAGGGAUUUGUUAAAUAAUGAAAAGAAUAAUUAACAUUGUGACUCCUGUUGGUCACGUAUUGCAUUUAAAUUUACUAAAUAGAAAGUCAUUUGGUUAUUCAAGUUCAUCACCAAAGUUGUCUAAUAUAAAUGCAGUGGAAAUGCUUCCUGUGAGGUUGGGUUACAGUUGUGUAAUUGGUACUUUUCCAUUUGCCAGAUGCUGUUGGAAACUUCUAAAUUCAUACACCCUUUUUAGAAAGAUUCUUGGGUUGUUGAAUAUUUGCUUCAUUACCUCUCUCAGAUUUAGGUUUUCUCUGCUGUUUUGCCCAUCUCUUGCUAUUGUUGUGUGAGAAAGUGCAUGUUCAGACUUCUUGAAGGUCAUGUUUGCUCAUGUACAUGAGUUAGUAAAUUAGCACUCUGUGUAGCUGGUUAGUGCUUAAAUCCAUUGUGUCACCUGGAAUUCAAAUAUCAUCUUUAAUCCUGGGAGUCUGAAAAAUAUCUUUUAUUUAACAAAAAGAAAAAUUUGAGAGGCUGGUUUUUUCCUUUUUUUCUUCUUUUUUAACCCCAAAUUAAAUGUCUCGAUCAGUACAAACCAGUCUUUAUAUCUGGAUGCAAUUAAGAAUUUAGUCUAAAAAUAGUCAGUAUCACACCCUGGUUGUAUCAAAUUGGCAAGCCAGAAUAGCUUCUAAUUAGAAAUGUGCAGUUGGCAGUAAUUUGCACAAUGCAAACUUCAAGGCACAAUAAGGACAAUUACAAACAACCUAUCUACAAAAUAUCUACAAAUGGGUUUUGUUUUUAUGUUAGCAAAGAUCAGAAAAUUAUGUUGAUUAUUCUGAUGUUUAGGUCUUAACCAGGACUGCACAGGACUUUGGCUGUGGAAAAAUACCAGACCACACUAAUUUUGUGGUUAAAAGCUAAACAAGAGUGUAAACAGUCUACAGAAAUGUACUUUUAAUCUGAAUUAUUGUAAUGUUGAUUGUUAUGUCUAUAUAAAAGAUUGCCUUGCUUUUUUAUAAGAGUCAUUCUGUAUCGAUGCAUUCAUUAUAAAUAGUAUAUUUGUAAAUAAGCUGCCA